UUAUAUAUAUGUAAAUAGGUUGAGAUAGGCUUAUAAUGUGCGAUUGUUUACAAAUAGAUCUAGAUCCUAGAAUGUACAUAAUGAAAAUCUAGAUCGAUUAUCCAUUCAGUUUAGAAUCUAGCAUCUAAAUAGAUAGAUCUAUAAACUAGAUUCUACUUUAAUAAUUUAUAUAUAGUUUAGAUCUAAUCACUUAAGUGACAUUUUUUUUAUAAAAUGGACAGAAAAGAAAAACGGUUUGAAUCUGAAGAACAACAGAGAACAAGAUUUCAAAUUGAAUUGGAAUUUGUACAGUGUCUAGCAAAUCCAAAUUAUUUGAAUUUUCUGGCACAACGAGGUUAUUUUAAGGACCAAAACUUUAUUAACUACCUCAAAUAUCUGCUUUAUUGGAAGGAACCAAAAUAUGCUAAAUUUCUCAAAUACCCCCAAUGUCUUCAUAUGUUAGAGUUGCUUCAGUAUGAACACUUCCGCAAAGAGCUGGUCAAUUCUCAGUGUGCUAAGUUCAUAGAUGACCAGCAGCUUCUGCACUGGCAGCACUAUCAGAGAAAGAGAAGUGCUUUGUUACAGGAACAAGCAGAAAAAUCCCAGACUAGCAAAGAUGCCAAGGAACCCAAACAGAUUUCAGCCCAGUCAGUGACGUGAUUUAAAACAGAUUACAGGAACAUUGAAUUUUUAAUUAUUGGUUGGCUGUAUUUUUAACAAGACUGUUUAUAAACAUUUUGGUAUACUGGUAAAAUUGACUGCAUUAAAUGUGUAGUUUUGAUAUUUGUUUUAUGGAUGUAAUAAAAUGUCUUGUUUUAAAAACA